CAACCAUCUUAAGCCAUGUGGCUUAAAUUAUGUGGAUAUAUUAUAUUUAUAUUAUAUAUUAUUAUAUAUAUGCUCCCCAGGAUAGAUUCAAUCUUAUAUUUUUCUGUUAUGUUUAUAUAAGACCAUAAAAGAGUAUAAAUUAAACCUUGUUAUAUCAUACCAUUGCUUUUCAUUAUCACUACUUAUCAUCUAGAUUAUCAACACAUAUAAUGGGCAUGGGCAUGGGCAUGUGUCAUGGACAAGGAACAAAUGAUCAUCAUCAUCAUAAGUUGCAAAGUAUGAUGGGUGGAGAUCAUGAAGAUGAUGUUUAUGAAGACAUAAGUGAAUCAAGUUUAUCAUCCUCCUUUGAAGAUUCUAGCAAUUCCAAGGAAUCAUCCUCAUCGGAUUUGGAUGAUGAUGCAUCAUCAUCAUCACCAAGACCAUCAAAUGGACCCCUUUUUGAAUUAUCCGAACUCAUGGAUCAACUUCCUAUCAAGAAAGGAUUGUCUAAGUAUUACAAAGGAAAGUCUGAAUCAUUCACAACACUAACAAAGGUUACAAGUUUAGAAGAUCUUGCAAAGAAAGAAAGUCCAUACCAAAGAAGGUUAAAAGCUUGUAGAAGUUAUGGUGGUUGUUUAAAUAAUUUUAGAUCUUAUAAUAAUUGUUCACCAAAAGCAAGAAUAUCAAAGAAAGUUUCAAAGAGUUCUUUAUCUUGUUUAAGUAGAAAAGGGAAUUUUAUAACUACUUGUAGACCUCCUCUAAAUCCUGUACAAACUAGCUUUUGAUUUGGAUACUUUUUGUUUUUACUAAAAUACAUAUGGAAAUAUUUCAUUUU